AUGGACCCAAAAUAAAGAAAAGAUCGUUCAACAUCAAGGGAUAAAAAGAAAACAAAUAAAAAAUAAACACAAUAUAGUUAUGGAUAACUAAAGUAUAUGUUCGUAUAGAUUUAUAAGAUUUGGUGAAGUACAAAGUAAGACAAAAAAAAUAUCAUUAAAAACAUUCUUUGGAAACCCUGAAUUUGAAAUCUUUUGUUUGAGAUUUGAUUUCGAGGAUCAACUCAUAGCAGCUGGUUGUUCGGAUGGAACAGUUAAAGUUUUUAACAUAGUAUCUGGUAAAGUGAAAGUAGAAUAUUAAAGGGAAACUGGCAUUUAAUUUAUAAGGAUCAUCAGAAGGAGCAAGUCCUACGACUGCAAUUAGAUGGAGAAGAGAUGUAGCCAAUAAAGCUAAAAGUGUGUUUUUAUCUGCUAAUUCUGAUGGCUCGCUUAUGAUGUGGCAGGCACAAACAGGAAAGCAAUUAUUUAGGACAGUAGAACAGGGCAAUCAAUUAUUGGCCUUAGAUAUAAGAUCAGACGGAGAUUAAUUUGCUACUGCAGGCAAAGAUUUUAAAGUUAUUGAUAUAGAAUGAUUAUAUUAGAUACGUGUUUACGACGAUGAAAAGAAGGAGGUAAUCCACACUUUUGAUAAGGCUGAUUAGUAUAAUCAUUAUUCAUACAAGCAAUUAACCAGGCCAUUAGAACAGGAUCUUUGCACUUAAGUACUCGGAAGAAACACCCAAUAUUCUACUCUCUGGUGGAUGGGAUGGCAAUCUCCUGAUCUGGGAUCUUAGAGAUCACAAAUCUAUUGGUACUAUCUAUGGUCCUAAUCUUUCUGGGGAUAGUUUAGAUUUUAGGUAUCCAUAUACACUAUAAAGCAGAAAUGGUUAAAUAUUGACUGGCUCUUAUAGAACAAACAAUUAGUUAUAAUUAUGGGACUUUGGCACCAGAUCACUGAUUUAGGAGAUAUAAUGGGAUAAAAAUAUUAAUAACAGUGACUUCUAUGUUUAUUCGUGUUAAUUCAGUAAAAUCAAUGGAGACACUAUAUUGGCUGGUAGCAGUGGCAAAUAAGAACUAAAAUUGUUUGAUAUUAAUAACCAAUAUUAAACUUGUGGUUACAUACAAGAUUUAUAGGAAGGUAUAAAGAAUUCAGAAAUCCUUAUUAGGAGUUUAUUGUGUUGACUAUGGAAAUAAAAGUAAUAAAUUUGCUUUUGGCGGUGGCGAAGGUGUAGUCUACAUAUGUUCAUUGACUAAUUCAAAGUGA